GGCCACACACACACGCAAACACGACUCGAGUGUGAUUAGCUCGGUCGUGGACUAGUUUUCUCGGCGGAUUUGCUUCUUGUGCCUCCGAAGUGACGUAGGAGGGCAGUGAAUGGGAAUAUCAGUAGCGGGUGGAGGAGUGAGACGUCAACCUGUCCACUCUCGUAUCUCCUCCAAGGCCAUCUUAUUCCACUUUUGAGGACGUUUUGGGAUUGGACACUAAACAAGAGCACCUCAAAAGCCUCCUUGUUGCCCCCCCCUUUCCCCUUUCCUUCCUAGUAGAGGACUCUCGUAGCAAAAAAAAACAAAAAACCGUCCAAAAUGGCCCAGAUACUGCCCAUACGAUUCCAAGAACAUCUGCAGCUGCAGAACCUGGGUGUCAACCCAGCCAACAUUGGGUUCAGCUAUCUGACCAUGGAGUCAGACAAGUUUAUCUGCAUUAGAGAGAAAGUGGGCGAGCAGAACCAGGUGGUGAUUGUGGACCUGUCCGACCCAACCAACCCCAUCAGGAGACCUAUCUCUGCUGACAGCGCCAUCAUGAACCCCACCAGCAAGGUCAUUGCCUUGAAAGACGCUGCUAAGACUCUGCAGAUCUUUAACAUAGAGAUGAAGAGCAAGAUGAAGGCUCACACAAUGACUGAAGAGGUCAUGUUCUGGAAGUGGAUAUCGGUAAAUACCGUUGCCUUGGUGACGGACACGGCCGUCUAUCAUUGGAGCAUGGAAGGGGAUUCCCAACCAAGCAAAGUAUUCGAUCGGCACGCCAGUCUAACAGGAUGUCAGAUUAUUAACUACAGAACUGACGAACAACAGAAGUGGCUGCUGUUGAUAGGGAUUUCUGCACAGCAAAAUCGUGUGGUUGGGGCAAUGCAGCUGUAUUCCGUGGAGAGAAAAGUGUCCCAGCCAAUAGAAGGUCACACUGCUGCAUUCGGAGAGUUUAAGGCAGAGGGGAACGGCAAACCGUCCACUCUCUUCUGCUUUGCUGUGCGCACACAAGCUGGAGGGAAGCUGCACAUUAUUGAAGUUGGUCAGCCACCUGCAGGAAACCAGCCAUUUGCUAAGAAAGCAGUGGAUGUGUUUUUCCCCCCUGAGGCCCAGACAGAUUUUCCUGUAGCUAUGCAGAUUGGAAGUAAACAUGGUGUGAUAUAUUUAAUCACCAAGUACGGUUACAUUCACCUGUACGACCUAGAGUCAGGAGUGUGCAUCUACAUGAAUAGAAUCAGCGCUGAAACCAUUUUUGUCACAUCGCCUCAUGAAGCCAACUCAGGAAUUAUCGGUGUCAACAAGAAGGGACAAGUAUUGUCAGUAUGUGUUGAAGAAGACAAUAUUGUCAACUACGCCACCAACGUCCUCCAGAAUCCCGACCUGGCCUUACGAAUGGCUGUGAGAUCCAACCUUGCUGGUGCUGAGGAGCUUUUUGCCAGGAAGUUCAACACAUUGUUUGCCCAGGGAAGUUAUUCUGAGGCAGCAAAAGUAGCUGCGUCUGCACCAAAGGGUGUUUUGCGGACAGCAGAGACCAUUCGUAAAUUCCAGAGUGUGCCAGCCCAACCAGGUCAGGCUUCUCCACUGUUGCAGUACUUUGGUAUAUUGUUGGACCAGGGUCAGCUCAACACAUUUGAGUCGUUGGAGCUGUGCAGGCCUGUCCUGCAGCAGGGCCGCAAGCCUCUGGAGAAGUGGUUGAAGGAGGACAAGCUGGAGUGCUCAGAGGAGUUAGGAGAUCUAGUAAAAGCAUGUGACCCAACCCUUGCGCUUAGUGUGUACCUCAGAGCUAAUGUCCCCAACAAGGUCAUUCAGUGCUUUGCUGAGACAGGCCAAUUCCAGAAGAUAGUCCUGUAUGCCAAAAAGGUUGGUUACACCCCUGAUUGGGUGUUUUUGCUGAGGAAUGUGAUGCGUGUCAAUCCGGACCAGGGACUGCAAUUUGCCCAGAUGCUGGUCCAGGACGAAGAACCGCUGGCCAACAUUAACCAGAUUGUAGAUGUUUUCAUGGAAGGCAACCAGAUCCAGCUAUGCACAUCUUUCCUGUUGGAUGCUCUAAAGAACAACCGCCCAGCUGAAGGCCACUUACAGACACGCCUGCUUGAGAUGAACCUUAUACAUGCGCCGCAGGUAGCAGAUGCUAUCUUGGGGAACCAGAUGUUCACACACUACGACCAUGGCCACGUUGCUCAGCUGUGCGAAAAAGCUGGCCUUCUGCAGAGAGCUCUGGAACACUACACUGACCCUUAUGAUAUCAAACGAGCUGUGGUGCACACGCAUCUUCUGAACCCUGAGUGGCUGGUGAACUUCUUUGGCUCUCUGUCGGUGGACGACUCCUUGGAGUGUUUGAGAGCCAUGCUAUCGGCCAACAUUCGGCAGAACCUGCAGCUUUGUGUGCAAGUGGCGUCCAAGUAUCACGAGCAGCUGGGGACUCAGGCCCUCAUGGAGCUCUUUGAGUCCUUCAAGAGUUAUGAGGGCUUGUUUUACUUCCUUGGCUCGAUUGUGAAUUUCAGCCAAGAACCCGACGUUCACUUCAAGUACAUCCAGUCAGCCUGCAAGACAGGACAAAUCAAAGAAGUGGAGAGAAUCUGCAGAGAGAGCAACUGUUAUGACCCAGAGAGGGUUAAGAAUUUUCUCAAGGAAGCCAAGCUGACAGACCAGCUUCCUCUUAUUAUUGUGUGUGACCGCUUUGACUUUGUCCACGACUUGGUGCUCUACCUCUAUCGCAACAGUCUGCAAAAAUACAUUGAAAUCUACGUACAGAAAGUUAAUCCCAGUCGAUUGCCAGUAGUAAUAGGAGGCCUGCUGGAUGUGGACUGUGCAGAGGAUGUCAUUAAGAACUUGAUAAUGGUGGUCAGAGGGCAGUUUUCCACUGAUGAGCUUGUAGGGGAAGUGGAGAAGAGAAACAGGUUAAAACUUCUAUUGCCAUGGUUAGAGUCACGAAUACAUGAGGGCUGCGAGGAACCGGCCACCCACAAUGCUCUGGCCAAGAUUUACAUUGACAGCAACAACACGCCUGAACGCUUUCUGAAAGAAAACCCGUUCUACGACAGCGCCGUGGUUGGACGCUACUGCGAAAAGAGGGACCCUCACCUGGCCUGUGUGGCUUAUGAAAGAGGCCAUUGUGACAUGGACCUCAUCAAGGUGUGCAACGAGAACUCGUUAUUCAAGAGUGAGGCUCGUUAUUUGGUACGGCGGAGAGACCCCGAACUUUGGGCUAAUGUGUUAGAAGAAAACAACCCCUACAAGAGGCAACUCAUCGAUCAGGUGGUACAAACUGCUUUGUCAGAGACCCAAGACCCAGAGGAGGUAUCGGUCACAGUCAAGGCAUUCAUGACUGCCGACCUGCCCAACGAGCUGAUUGAACUGCUGGAGAAGAUUGUGCUUGAUAGCUCUGUUUUCAGUGAACAUAGAAACCUUCAAAACCUUCUAAUUUUGACCGCCAUCAAGGCGGACCGCACUCGUGUGAUGGAGUAUGUCAAUAGACUUGACAACUACGAUGCCCCCGACAUUGCUAAUAUUGCUAUCAGCAAUGAACUCUUUGAGGAGGCAUUUGCCAUUUUCAAGAAGUUUGACGUGAACACGUCAGCCGUACAGGUUUUAAUAGAACACAUAAGCAACCUGGAUCGAGCCUAUGAGUUUGCAGAGCGCUGCAAUGAGGCUGCAGUGUGGAGCCAAUUAGCUCGGGCCCAGCUGCAAAGAAAUCUGGUUAAAGAGGCCAUUGACUCAUACAUUAAAGCAGUGGACCCCUCAGCCUACAUGGAGGUUGUUAAUGCUGCCAGCAAGAACGAUAACUGGGAAGAUUUGGUCAAAUUCCUGCAGAUGGCUCGUAAGAAAGCACGGGAAUCCUACGUGGAGACAGAGCUGCUCUUUGCUUUGGCUAAAACAAAUCGUCUGGCUGAGCUGGAAGAGUUUGUCAGCGGGCCCAACAAUGCUCACAUCCAGCAGCCAGAGCUGGACGCCAUGCCCCCUCCAGCUCCAUGCGGACCGGAGUGA